AUCACACAAAAUAAAAAAAAAUCUAUUAUCUCUAUAAAGUUCUUACUCACCCUCUGGUGUUGAAGACUUUCAACAAAACAUAAGGGAAGCUUGAGGAAGAAGAAGAACAGGUAGCCAUGGCUUUAGAGAUGAAGGCACGACCCUUGACAUUUGUAGCGCACGCGCUUGCUCUUGCGGCUGCGAUUAUGGUUUUGUUUUGGUGUAUUAGCUUUAGAGGCGGUUUGGCUUGGGAAGCCACAAACAAGAAUCUCAUCUUCAAUCUUCACCCUGUUCUGAUGCUAAUUGGACUUGUUAUCAUAGGAGGCCAAGCUAUUAUGAGUUACAAAAGUCUUCCUUUGAAGAAAGAACAUAAGAAACUGGUGCAUCUCACUCUCCAUGGAAUUGCACUAAUCCUUGGCUGCAUUGGCAUCUACGCUGCUUUCAAGAAUCAUAACGAAAGCGGCAUUGCUAACUUAUACAGCUUACAUUCCUGGAUUGGGAUCACCGUCAUUUCUCUUUACGGCAUUCAGUGGAUAUAUGGGUUCGUUGUGUUUUUCUUCCCCGGAGCAUCAGCUGGGGUUAGAAGUGCCUCCCUCCCAUGGCAUGUAUUAUUUGGGGUGUUUGUGUACAUAUUGGCGGUAGCAAAUGCAGCACUAGGAUUCUUGGAGAAGCUGACAUUCCUUGAGAACGGUGGUAUUGCCAAAUAUGGGUCUGAAGCAUUACUUGUCAACUUCACUGCCAUUGUUGCCAUUUUAUAUGGUGCCCUUGUCAUAUUGUCGGCACUCAGUCAGGCUCCUGUAGAAGAUGAUUACAGCUACAGUGCUAUAUAAGAAGAUGAUUGUGGAGUGUGUACACGUGGAUGGCUUCACUGAUUAAUUUUAUUGGAAGCUCGGACGUAUGUUGUAUUUGUACUUAAAUAUUUCGUAUAUUUAUAUAAUAAUAUAAUGUUUGUGUGUUUGUUGUAA